GCUGGUUGGCUGGUUUUGUUUGCCUUUAAGUUUUGCUGGUGGUUUGAGCAAGCUGCAAGCCGUCAAAAGGGUGCCAAGAUGCUGCUUGGUGGUUCACACCACCCCAACUGGUCAGUAAUGGAAGUAGGUUCCCUGACAGAUUUCCUCCAUUCGAUCCAGUUUCCAGAUCUCUUGGGGCGUGCUGACGACUUUCAGUGUCUGGGCAUGACGGGUCAGUGGAUCAUGAGUCGCCAGGAUCGCCAGUUGGCGUCAGUGGAUCAUGGCUCCGGUUUGGCGUCAGAGGCGCACGGCACUCGUCCUUCGGGACUCAGGCGUGAGAAGGACUUGGACUUGGAGCCUGGGCGAUUGGUGGCUCAGUUUGGAAAGAGUCAAACGGAGAGAUGGCUGGAGGCAUUUCAUGGCGUGCCAUUUGCAGCCAUACCGAUACCUGAAGAUUCUGGUGCAUGCAAGAUGUCAUCAAUGAUGAUGAUUGGUCUUCCAAGAAGAAGUUCCACGAGCGAAGGUGCCCUGCGUGACGCCGCGGCCAAGAGCCAGCUCCCCGAGGAGAUGCAGCCAGCGAUGCGGUGGAUUUUGACCCAGCCUACCAGGGCCAUCCCUUAUGGAAGAUCUUCAUUGACCACAGAGAUAUUUUUUCAGUCCAUAGGUCUGGGUGAGACCC